AAAUAAUUAUGUUUAUCACACGACCUUUGACAGCAAAAUUUUUGUUGAUGAGAUUUUAAGAAAGAUGGCUGGAUGCUGCUCAUCCUUAUUCAGCUGCUUCAGGAGCAGAUCUCCAAGAUGUACAGCCUGUGGGCCAAACUGCAGGACCAAGAUUCCCAAAAUCCCAAGGAAAAUAGCAAAGAUAUACUUUGCAGCUUUUCUAGCAAUGUUUAGUAGUGCAUUUUCCAUCACGAUGAUGUUCCCUUUCUUACCAUUCAUGGUAGAGUUCCUGUUACCAUGGCUACUCGAGAACGAGACUCAAGUUGCCACGUAUGCUGGUAUUAUUGCCUCAGCCAUGUUCGUUGGGAGAACGAUUGGGAGUUACAUAUGGGGUGCUAUAUCGGAUCGCAAAGGACGGAAGCCUGUCAUUAUUGUUGGGCUGCUUCUAGUAGGUCUCUCGUCAAGCAUAUUCGGACUCAGUGUCAACUUUGCCAUGGCUGUCAUCUUUAGAUUCCUGGUGGGACUGACUAAUGGUUCGGUAGGUGCUAUCAAAGCGGUAGUGUCUGAGGUGUCUGAUGACUCAACUCAAGCGUUUGGUGUGACUAUUCUGGGAGCCUCAUGGGGGCUAGGUAUCAUCCUGGGACCAGCCGUCUCUGGGUCUAUCUCUGACCCCAUUGGACAGUACAACCUUACCAUUGACAACUAUGUUGUAAGAGAGUUUCUAACUCGGUUUCCCUACUCUCUGCCAUGCCUGGUCAAUCUGCUGCUGUGCGUCGUGUCAGCAGUCGUCUACUUUUUUAUGGUCCCAGAAACACUAGGCUUGAAGAGAAAUCUGAAGAGAAGUGAGAUAUCAAAAAAAGACAUUGAAAUGACUACGAACAAGGACAACUCCAAAGUGACAUCUGACACUCAAUUUGAUGAUUCUGAGUCAGCUGCUCUGAUUGUGAAUGAAGUCCUGCAAGACUCUUCUGAGCAACUAGCAGAGCAUUCUAUCUCAAGUGCUGACUGUGAAAACGGAAUUGUAUCGAGCACUCUCGACAAAGAUUCAAUAGCUUUAACUACAGACGGUUUACCUGUUGAGAAUGUUUCAAAUUCAGAAAAGACAGCGAGUAGCAGUCAUGACUGUAAUAAUGAAAGUAUAGAAGAAGUUUCUGAAAACACAGAACGCGAGGAGCUAAGUGAUGCAGCCUCUAGUGAGUCGAGUGGUGAUGAAGUAGUUGUUCGUGGAAGACUAAGCUGGGGCACUAACGUUAGGGGGAAGUCAAUCAAGAUUUCUCUCAGAAAUCAUUGCCUCUAUCUAUGGGAUCGAAAUGUGUCUCUUUCACUGCUAAUGUAUUGCACAUUUUCCUUCGCUCUGAUCGGAUGGAAUGAAGUGUUUCCAGUCUGGGCAAAAACUUCACCACACCUUGGAGGUCUUGGGUUCAGUCUGCGUGAGAUUGGCCUAGCCCUCACUAUAGAUGGAGUCGUCUUCCUGCCAUUCUCUUUAUUCCUCUACCCACUGCUUGAGAAAAAGUUUGGCUCCAUCAAUGCGUGCUAUGGUGCAUUGAUCGUGCUCAUUCCAUUCACCAUGCUCAUCCCAAAUAUCCAUUACUUGAGUCCAUGGAGAGGUCUGUUGUGGUUCGUGCUGUGUCUAACACUGAUCAUUAACCAAAUAUGCAUUGGGGUCGCUGUGAGUUGUAGUAUUCUCUUCAUCAACAAUUCUGUCACCUUUGACAAGCUUGGAACCAUCAAUGGCCUAGCCACCUCUCUCACCUCAUUUGGAAGGUCGUUGGCUCCAGUGGUGGCAGGAGGUAUGUUUUCCCUCAGUUUGUCUGCUACUAUGAAUGGCUAUGGAUACCCUAUCGACUACAGAUUUGUCUUUCUCAUGUUCGGACUAACCUAUCUCUUGUGUGUGUUGUUUGUCGCUUGUCUGCCUGUUAGCAUCAAUAAACAAAAAAUAAUAGAAGACUGAUCUUUAUCUAUUUAUUUGUUCUAUGAUUAUAGAAAGACCGACCUUUAUUUAUGAUUGACCUUUA